UACGCGAAUCAGGAUUUUCCUGAAUAUUUACACCGCAUCCUUCUGUUUACGGCAGCAGGCAGACAGUCAAUCAACUAAUGGAGUCAUUACGAAUUUGCGUUAGGUCUUCAACUUCACAAAGUAAAUGAACAUCACUCAAACAUGGCUGAGGGCUCAGUGUCUGUGGCAGAGGUGGAAACCGCCUUCCAGAAGUUUGCAGUCCACGGUGACACCAAGGCCACGGGGAAGGAAAUGAACGGCAAGAACUUCGCUAAGCUCUGCAAAGACUGCCAUAUCACUGACGGCAAGAACGUCACCACCACAGAUGUUGACAUCGUCUUCAGCAAAGUCAAGGCAAAGUCGGCUCGUGUAGUCACAUUUGAGCAGUUCAACCAGGCCCUGAUGGAGUUAGCUCCUAAACGUUUUAAAGGCAAGAGCAAAGAGGAGGCGCUACAGCAGCUUUACGGUCUCAUUGUUGGGAAGGAGCCUGCCAACGUCGGAAUCACUAAAGCAGCAAAGGCAGCUGCAGUGGACAGACUGACCGAUACCAGCAAGUACACUGGAUCGCACAAGGAGCGGUUCGAUGACUCAGGCAAAGGAAAAGGAAAAGCUGGCCGUGAGAACAUCCCCGACACCAGUGGCUAUGUGUCUGCUUACAAGGGCAAAGGCACUUAUGAAGACAAAGUGAAAGAAGCAUAAUCCUGUUGACAGAUUAUGAAAACUUUGUUCCAUCAAUAAACUGAAUCAAUUCA